AUGCUGACGCCAGUUGUCGGUGUAGUGGCGUUGGGAGGGGGAGGCGGCUACGCGGGCGGAGCCGGGUCCUCGCAUGGGGCGGCGCCGAGCCGCCCGCAUGGGAGAGACAGCGUCGUGCCGCGACCCCGGGCCCCGAAGCGCACGGCGGACCCGGCCGGGGCCGAGAGGCCGGCCAAAAGGAAGCACAGCGGCGGGCACGGGAGGCCAACCCCGGUCCCGGUCUUGGCAGGGUCGCCAAUCGCGCUGGCGAGGGCGGUGGCGGAAGCCGCGACCGCCGAAGGGGCCGUGUUCUGCAGGAGCCGGUCCGACCUUGCCGACCAGGCCGAGGUGGAGGGACGGGCCGACUCGGACCUCGGCCUGGAUCCGAACGACGCCGAAGCCUUGGCCUGGCGGGACAGGAACCGGGCCGAGGCGGAGUCAGUCCGGUCUUGGACCGACGCGGCGGCGGCAUGGGCGCGACCCGGCGCGGAGCCGGUCUCGCGCGAGAUGCCGGAGGGCACGGUGGUGGCGGCGACGGUCUUUGAGCCGUCGUCAGUGAGGGAGCGGGUCGUGGAGGUGGAGGAUGACACCCCGCCGCGGGCCAACAUGGCCGAGCGAGCGAGGACUGAUGGUGGUGGAGGCGGCGUCGUCUUGGAAGAGGCGCUGCGGGCGGCGGCGUCGGAGGCGCCGCCGGUUUUGGAGGAGGCACCGCGGGCGGUGGUGCCGGAGGUCACCCCGGCAGCUGGGCCAGAGACGGCGACGCAGGGCGUCCCGGCGUCCGGGUCGGAGACGGCGACGCAGGGCGUCCCGGAGGAGGUGCUGGCCGCGUCGCGAGCGGCCAGCGGGGAGCACGCCUUGUUGGGGAACCAUCUCGACGCUUUCCGGGUCGCCGCCUUCAAUCGUCUCCUGGGCAGGCACCGGGAGCUCGUGGAGCGGCUUGCCGCCAAGGAGGAGCUCCGCAUCGCCGCAGCCGAGGUGCUGUCCUGGCGGACUCGUCUGCUCCGGGCCGGCGAUCACUACGACCGGCUCAUUGCCGAUACCAGCCGUCUCGGCGUCGAGGCGGCGCAGGCGAGGUCGGAGGCGGCCGCGGCUCGGCAGUCUCUUGAUGAGGCCAACCGGCUGCAUGAGCAGCUGGCGGGUCAAAAGAGCCACCUCGAUGCCGAGGUGGAGCUCCUUAAGGCGGAAGCCGCCAAGGUGGCAGAGGUGCAGCAUGCCUUGGUGGAGGUGGACCAGCAGCGCGGCCAGCUGGCCGACGACAAGGGCCGGCUCCAGGCCAAGGUGGAUCACCUGCGGGGGCAGGUCACCACGGCUGAGGGGGCCCGUCAGGACGAGGCCCGUCACCGCGGGGCGGCCGAGAAGGCGGCUGAAGAUAAGGACGCCGAGCUGAAGGCGGCCCUUGCCAAGGCGGCCGAUCUGGAGAAGGCGCUGGAGGAGCGCGACCGCGCCAUCGAGCGGGAGCGGCGUGGGGCCUUCCCAGAGACACAACGGCUGGCGGAGGAAGCCGUCCGCUAUCAGCGCGACCCGAUCGGCGUCGUUGGGUCCGGGACGGAUCCGCGAGUGGCCUAG